UGAGCUAACGUCCAAUCAAACAAGACCUCCGUUUUGAAUGUGAGCUGAUACCGAAACACUAAAACACCGAUACCAGUUUAUCGGCUCCGGUUUGGCAAUUUGGGACUUCGCCUUUUUUUUUUUUUUUGGUUUGGCUCAUCGUCAGUUUUCAAACCCCAGCGACAUUUUUUUUUGUCGACAGUUAUUUCAUGGGAACCCAGGAGGGAGAGAGAAACUGGGUUGAUGUGGCAAACAAUCUACUCAGCAGGUGUAACGUAAAGCUGAGGCUGAGGACGCUGUCGGGCUGUAGCGCAGAUGUUUUCAUCACUUUGUACGAGAACAUCCUCGGAGAGACAGUUCCAGAUUAUAUUGCGUCACCGAGCAGUCAGGAGGACGACGUCCACAACGUUCAGUCUGUGAUUGACUCUCUGUCUCUGGAUUACCUUCAGAUCAGCCUCUCACACAUCACAGGAGAAAAUGUUGUCAGAGGAGAUAAAGAGUCGAUCAAGAACCUCCUGGAAAUCUUCGACGGCCUCCUGGAAUAUCUCAAUGAGGAGAUAAACGAGGAGUCGCAGAAUGAUGAACUCAACGGUCCUCAGGAUGAGGAAGAAGCUGGAAAAAGCAAGGAGCCGACCAGCUCGGAGGCCACAGAGCGGGAGACGCAACCCGACAGGACGUCAGUUUCACCCAGUGUAGAUUCCAGAAAUCGUGAGGAGGCUGGAUCGGCUAGUGGGCUCAUCGGACUCGGAGGCGCCGCCCAAACAUUUGCAAACAAACAAGAAGAACCGGCUCCGCAAACAUCAGACGCUGUCAGCUGCUCAGGUCCUGUUGACAUUGAGGGAGCGCCGCACAGCGAACGGAUCUACUCGGCCAUCCCAUUACAGCCACCCAGCCAGCGUAACACGCCCCACUGUCCCCCCGACGUCAGCCCGCAGUCUCCCAGCCGUCCUCCCACAGCCGCCGCCCUCAGUCAGGGACCCCCAGAGGAGGAGGCGGCCCCUCAUCCAACACAGGUCCAGAACUCUAAACUGGUAACAGAGACCCUGACCAAUGGAAUAACGUCCCCCGCACCCUGCCUGUCAUCUGCUGAAAGUGGGAAAUCUCUAUCCAGCCAGCAGAGAACUGACACCGAGGCGGAGGGAGAGACACUAGAGCCAACUAACGGAGGUCCGAGAAAGGUCUUAUUCCGCACCCAGCCGGAUGUGCUCUUCCUCACCCUGCAGGAUAAGGUGAAGGCCACCACGCCUUCACCCCCAGACACUGAGGAGGAGGAGGAGGAGGAGGAGGAGGAGGAAGAAGGUCUGAGUUAUGCACAAAGAAUUAAGGGGAGAAGAACAAGCCACAGAAAAGCCACAGAGAUCCGCAGCAGGACGGUACCUGAAAGAUCAGAAGAGUCUCUGGCGUAUCGGAGAAAAAGGAACCAGGAAGCAGAAGAGGAGUUGCACCACAUAUCUGAGAAACUCUCUCACCGACUGGAGGAACUGGAUCUGAUGUUGAAACAAGUUCUGGGAGAAAGUGAUGACUCCAUUGAUGUAAGGGAGGACGACAGGCAGUCCCACUGCAGUGACGGCAUCAUGGAGGGCCAGAGGACGUUCAGACGACACCCAGGAACACCUGAUCCUGAAUCCCCAGAGGAAGCACACUCGGCCUCCGCCUCUCCCCCUCGGGAUGAUCGCUCCUUACACGGAGAGCUGGAGGAAGCCAUGGCGGAGGCUUUGAGCCUGGAUGAUGGGAGACAAACUAAUCUCCACGUUUCUGAUCGUUUGAAACAAGGAGCGUUACACCACAGGGCGCCUCAGAAAGGUUACAACAAGUAUCUGGAGAAUGAAGCUUACGAAGAGGAGUUGAGAAGAUAUGAGGAGAGAGAACGGACUAAACUACAAAAAGCACGCCUCAAAGCUCAGAGGGCAGAGCGAGAGUACAGAGAGGCCAUUCUACGAGACGUUUCUCCAUCAUCCAGACCGUCUCCUGGCAAAACGAAGGCUCAACGUAAAACACAACGCAACGCACAAACGGGAGCACAGAAACGCCUCGAGGGCCCCAGGAAAGCUCCUUCACUGGUGAUAAAAGAGAACGAUCUCCUCCCUGUGCUGCGAGAGGAGCUGCCCCACCUCCACGUCUCGCCUCGUGCUUUGGGUCGAAUGUGGGAGCAGCAAAUGCAGCAGGUGGACAGACUCCACGCCUCGUCCUCCUCGCACAGCCCCCAUCGCUACAAGCUCUCCAGGCAGUUGGAGGAAGCUCAGCGGAAACAUGACCUGCUGGUGGACCUCGUGCGCAAAGACCAGGACCACAACAGGCGUCUGACGGAGUUUAGAGAUCGGAUCCAGCAGCAGAAGUCGGUGCAGAAUAAACUGAGGGAGCAGAGGCAGCAGAUCGCCCGGGCCAAGAAGUACCACAACGACUACCACGUUCAGCACCGGGCCCGGCUGAUGAGGGCCCGCACUAAGGAGGAGAGGAUGUUUCGGCAGCUGUUUGAAGAAGGUUUGGAGCUCCAGAAGCUCCGGCUGAGGGAGCAGAGGGCGUUCGCCAAGGAGCAGCGGCUGGAGCAUCGCAGACGACACCAGGACCAGAUCGAGUCCUUGGAGAACUACUACAAGGACCAGUUUUCACUACUAGCUGAAAAGCUUUCGCAGGAGCGGGAGGAGAUCCAAGCUCGGAAAAAAGCUCAAGAAAAGGCGCUGCUCAAAAUGAAGCGAGAGCUGCGUUCCCGGAUGGAGCGGGAAAUCAGGGACCUGCAGAGAAUCAUCAUCCAGAACGACGAGGACGACCACUUCCAGGAUCUUGAGAUCCAGAGGCUGCGUAACCGGGUCCACAUGGCCUCCUUCCAGCACAACACCAGCUAUCUCCACUGACCAGGAACAAGAGACCCGGUUCAGGUCCAAAGUAGGGAUCAUAGUUACGCCGAAGGAAGGAGUUGCGUCAGAUUGCUGCGAUUCACAGCUAAACGGUACAAGAAUCUAAUGCACAAACAUUCUCAGGCAUCUUCUUUUUUUCUAGAGAUUUGCACGGAAGAGAGCGUGGCCGGGUGUGAGAAACGUAACCUUAAGUCUGCUUAAUAAAUCUCCCACACACUGACAAAAUGUAGCUUAAAAGCUGAUGUAGCGACCUCUUCCUCUCACCUCUGCUGCUACACCUGAACUUCAGACACUUUAGACCAAGUCCUCCUCCUCCUCCUCCUCGGGUUUAACGUGUUGAACAAGAACGUUUUACAUUCCCGACUGCAGUCAUCGUGUGCUUUUUUUUUUUGUUUGUUGUAAAAUACUGAACUGCUCCUUCUGUUGCCAAAUAAGGACCACAGACACAAAGUUGGUGCGACCGUCACACUGACGAGUCCCAACUUUUGUUUUCUUUUUACAAGAGACGUCUUCCUUUUAAUACUUUUAACCAUGCGAGUGGAUUAUUUAUUUAACUUUAAUCGUAGGUUUUUAAUUAACCUGGGUUGGUCUCUGAUCGCCGAGGGCAACGAUAAUCGGUCUGUUUAUGACUUCACUUUAACCCCUGCUUGAUUGUGACUCUUUUUUCUACUUUUAACCAAAUCCUGAAACCAGAUGGAUCAAUGAAAAACGGAUCCAUGAUUCUGACGUUUAAUACGCCACACAGGUGGUUCUUGUAACCGUGGAGCAAACAUCCCUCCCCACCUCCCCCACAAACAUCCAUUAAAUGUGUGGAAUCACUGGUUGAAA